AGGCGGCGUGGAGCAGUGGUGUCAUUCACGAUACCGAAAGAAGUGUACUUUUGAGACUGCGCAGCUACGGAACACGUUGCCUUAGCCCGCUCGAUUUAAAUUUAGCUGCAGGAUUUUCGUUUCGCGAGCAUUUCGUACAUUUCGUUCGAGGGACCGAUGUUCGAGGGAGAAAUGAAAGUCUGAUGUGUGGUGCGGUGCACGUUGGACUUUAUUUCGGGGCUUAUUCGCUUAGAUUGAGAUUUAGAAAGAGCCACCCCCAAGGUGGCGUGUCGCGCAUGUUGCGUUGGGCAGUUAGUUGCCUAGAUAAAAUGGCGUUCGCACAAGAGGUCGGAGUAGUGCUGGGGGCACGUAAAAUCUCGAAGCAGGAUUAAACAAAAAUGCAAAAUGCCCCCAGCUCCGGCCGGCGAUUAAAUCAAGUGUUGCGUUGUGAGUAUCCUGAGUGUCCUGAGUAUCCUGUAAACCGUUUGCGGCAUGUGCCGUCGUUGUGUGCCUGCAAAUACGUUCUGUCACAUUCGGCGCUGUUGCGAUUGCGAUUGUCGCGACCAUUUACGAUUCAAAUUACGAUUUGUUCAAAACCUUGUGCUCCUAAACUAGCAAUAAAUGAAGACUAAUAUAACACAUGCUUUUUCAAGGACAUAUUUUGAUAACAUACAAAGUUGAUGGUAUCGUGGGGGCCUAGGCGAGAGGAGACAUGUCCGUCGUCUCUGACUCUUUCUCUGAGGAGGAACGUAGUCUAUUCCGUCCAUUCACUCGUGAGUCGCUGGCAGCCAUUGAAACUAGGAUUGCCGAAGAACAUGCUAAACAGAAGGAGCUCGAAAAGAAAAGAGCCGAGGGAGAGACCGGUUUUGGACGCAGGAAAAAGAAAAAAGAAGUUCGGUAUGAUGACGAAGACGAAGAUGAAGGCCCCCAACCUGACGCCACUCUGGAGCAAGGUUUACCAAUACCCGUACGUCUUCAGGGAGGUUUCCCUCCAGAAUUGGCAAGCACACCUUUAGAAGACAUCGACCCUUUUUACAGUAACCAAACGACUUUUGUAGUAGUAAGCAAGGGCAAGGAUAUAUUCCGGUUUAGUGCAACAAACGCCCUAUGGAUUUUAGAUCCUUUUAAUCCAAUCCGACGAGUAGCUAUUUAUAUUUUAGUACAUCCUUUAUUUUCUCUUUUUAUUAUAACAACCAUUCUUGUCAACUGCAUCCUGAUGAUUAUGCCCACCACACCCACCGUAGAGUCUACCGAAGUGAUAUUCACAGGAAUCUAUACGUUCGAGUCAGCUGUGAAGGUGAUGGCCAGAGGUUUUAUUCUUCAACCGUUCACCUACCUUAGAGAUGCAUGGAACUGGCUCGACUUCGUAGUCAUAGCUUUAGCUUACGUUACAAUGGGAAUUGACCUUGGAAAUUUGGCUGCCUUGAGAACAUUCAGGGUACUUCGUGCCCUUAAAACCGUAGCUAUCGUACCAGGUUUGAAGACCAUCGUCGGUGCCGUCAUUGAAUCCGUUAAAAAUCUGCGCGACGUGAUUAUUUUGACUAUGUUCUCCUUAUCGGUGUUCGCCCUCAUGGGCUUGCAAAUUUACAUGGGGGUGCUUACGCAAAAAUGUAUCAAAAACUUUCCGAACGAUGGCUCGUGGGGAAAUCUAAGCGCGGAAAACUGGGACCGCUUCAUGAGCAAUGAGACCAACUGGUACUUUGACGAAGAUAAAGGCGAAAUGCCAUUGUGCGGUAAUUCCUCGGGAGCCGGACAAUGCAAACCUGGCUACACAUGUUUGCAAGGUUACGGUGGAAACCCCAAUUACGGCUACACCAGCUUCGAUACUUUCGGAUGGGCAUUUCUAUCUGCCUUCAGAUUGAUGACACAGGAUUAUUGGGAAAACUUAUACCAACUGGUACUACGAUCGGCAGGUCCAUGGCACAUGUUGUUCUUUAUCGUCAUCAUAUUCUUGGGAUCAUUUUAUCUAGUCAACUUGAUCUUGGCUAUUGUCGCGAUGUCAUACGACGAACUGCAAAAGAAAGCCGAAGAAGAGGAAGCCGCUGAGGAGGAAGCCAUCAGGGAAGCUGAAAAAGCAGCGCAGGCGAAACAAGAUCGUGCAGAUGCGAGAGCGGCUGCAGCUUUGGAGGCUUCGCAUGCAGCUGAGGCGGCGGCUGCUGCAGCUGAAGCAGGUCCAGACAUUGUAAAAUCACCAUCGGAUUUUUCAUGUCACAGCUACGAACUGUUUGUAGGCCAGGCGAAGGGUCACGACGAUAACAAUAAAGAGAAAAUGAGCAUAAGAUCGGAAGGACUUGAUUCUGUGAGUGAGCAGAGGAGAAUACCCACAAAUCCCACCAAGAUGCGGAAAGUCAGCGCUGCAAGCUUGAGUCUACCUGGAUCCCCAUUCAAUCUGCGCCGCGGCUCCAGAGGGAGCCACCAGUUUACGUUGCGUAACAACCGUCGAAUGGUGGCGCCUCCUGGUGACCGUAAACCAUUGGUUCUGUCCACCUAUCUUGAUGCUCAGGAACAUCUGCCUUAUGCCGACGACUCUAAUGCCGUCACUCCAAUGAGCGAGGAAAAUGGCGCAAUGGUGGUUCCAAUGUAUUAUACCAACCUUGGGUCACGCCAUUCUUCGUACACAUCGCACGCUUCAAGGAUGUCAUACACCUCACACGGGGACUUAUUGGGCGGCCUUGGAGGCAACAUAAAAGUCAUGACCAAAGAAAGCCAACUAAGAUGUCGUUCAAUGCGAAAUGGUCCCACAACAACAACCAAUAAUUUCACUGAAUUCACUCACAAAGCCCAUCGUGGUGAUUACGAUGGUCCAACGGGUCAAUUUAGCGAAGGGAAACUAAAGCACAUAGACAAUCCAUUUAUUGAUAAUAGUCAAAGACAAACUGUUGUUGACAUGAAAGAUGUAAUGGUUUUGAACGAUAUCAUCGAACAAGCAGCAGGCCGGCAGAGUGGUGGAAGUGAAGAGCAUGGAGUUUCUGUUUAUUAUUUCUCAGCCAAUAAUAAUGACGAAGAGGAGGACGAGCCGACGUUCAAAGAACGCGCUUUAGCUUACACUAUGAAAAUUAUUGAUAUUUUUUGCGUAUGGGACUGUUGUUGGCUCUGGUUGCAAAUCCAAAAAUAUGUGGCCCUGGUUGUGUUCGAUCCGUUCGUCGAGCUCUUCAUCACACUCUGUAUCGUGGUGAACACGUUGUUCAUGGCUCUGGAUCAUCACAAUAUGGAUCACGACUUGGAGAAAGCGUUGAAGAGUGGAAACUACUUUUUCACCGCGACGUUCAUGAUCGAAGCAACGAUGAAGCUGAUAGCGAUGAGUCCGAAGUACUAUUUUCAGGAAGGAUGGAACAUUUUCGAUUUUAUAAUCGUAGCCUUAUCAUUGCUCGAGCUGGGUUUGGAAGGGGUGCAAGGUUUAUCAGUGUUACGAUCAUUCAGAUUGCUGAGAGUUUUCAAAUUGGCCAAAUCGUGGCCGACUCUAAAUUUACUUAUAUCCAUUAUGGGCAGAACAAUGGGUGCUUUAGGUAAUCUAACCUUCGUGUUGUGUAUUAUUAUAUUUAUAUUCGCUGUGAUGGGUAUGCAACUUUUCGGCAAAAAUUAUACGGAUAACGUGGACAGGUUUCCGGACCACGAUCUACCUCGUUGGAAUUUCACGGAUUUUAUGCAUUCUUUUAUGAUAGUGUUUAGAGUGUUAUGCGGGGAAUGGAUAGAAUCGAUGUGGGACUGUAUGUUGGUCGGUGACGUGUCCUGUAUUCCCUUCUUUUUGGCCACUGUGGUUAUCGGUAAUCUUGUGGUACUGAACCUCUUCUUGGCGUUGCUUUUGAGCAAUUUUGGAUCAUCCAGCUUAUCAGCACCAACAGCAGACAACGAUACAAACAAAAUAGCAGAGGCCUUUGACAGAAUAGGUCGAUUUAUAGGAUGGUUUAAGAGUAGCGCAUUACAUAUCGCCAAAUUGGUCCGAUUUAAGCUUACAAAUCAAAUUUCCGACCAGCCGCCAGAUACAAGAGACGGCGGAAUGGAAAUACCUGGAGACGAAAUAUUGGCCGAUGGCAUGUUGUUUAGAGACAAAAAGAGUCCAAAAGACCGCUUAGAAGUAACAAUUGGAGAUGGAAUGGAAUUCACUAUACAUGGCGACUCAAAAACAAACCUGAAACGGGGCAAAAAUAAUAUUAAUAAAAGUAAGACAAUAGGAAAUUCGAUCUUAGAACAUGGAGAUUUUAUUGGGCAUUUAGAUGAUGAUGAAAUUAGUAAUAAAUCAUAUGGUAGUCACAAAAAUAGAUUUAAAGAUGAAAGUCAUAAGGGUAGUGCUGACGUAUUAGAUGAUCAGGAGGAGAAGCGUGACGCUAGCAAAGAAGAAUUAGGUAUAGAAGAAGAUGCGGAGGAAGAUGUUUGUGAUUGUGAAGGUCCCUUAGAAGAAGAUUUAAUCAUUUACGCGGAAACGGACGAGAUAAUUUUGGACGAAUACUCGGCCGACUGUUUUCCAGAGACGUGCUACAAGAAAUUUCCAUUUCUCGCUGGAGACGACGACUCGCCCUUUUGGCAGGGCUGGUCGAAUUUACGUUACAAAACAUUCCAACUGAUCGAGAACAAAUACUUCGAGACGGCUGUAAUCACGAUGAUUUUGCUGAGCAGUUUGGCGCUGGCGCUGGAAGACGUCCAUCUGUCUUCCAGGCCUAUAUUGCAGGACAUACUGUACUACAUGGAUAGGAUAUUUACAGUGAUAUUUUUCUUUGAGAUGUUGAUCAAAUGGUUAGCGUUAGGUUUUCAAAAAUAUUUUACGAAUGCAUGGUGCUGGCUAGAUUUUGUAAUAGUUAUGGUAUCACUAAUAAAUUUUAUCGCCUCACUUUGUGGAGCUGGCGGUAUCCAAGCUUUCAAAACGAUGAGAACUCUUCGAGCACUUCGACCCUUACGUGCUAUGUCUCGUAUGCAGGGAAUGAGAGUCGUAGUAAACGCAUUGGUGCAGGCUAUACCAUCUAUCUUCAAUGUAUUGCUAGUGUGCUUAAUAUUUUGGUUAAUUUUUGCUAUAAUGGGUGUACAGCUAUUUGCUGGCAAAUACUAUAAGUGCGUAGAUAAUAAUAAGACAACGUUAAGCUUUGAAAUUAUUCCUGAUUUUAACGCUUGUAAGGCGGAAAAUUAUACCUGGGACAAUUCUCCAAUGAAUUUCGACCACGUAGGCAAAGCAUACUUAUGCUUGUUCCAAGUUGCUACUUUCAAGGGCUGGAUACAAAUUAUGAAUGACGCUAUUGAUUCUAGAGAGAUAAAUAAACAACCAAUUCGUGAGACGAAUAUUUACAUGUAUUUAUAUUUUGUAUUCUUCAUCAUAUUUGGCUCGUUCUUCACACUUAACCUAUUUAUAGGAGUAAUCAUCGACAAUUUUAACGAGCAAAAGAAAAAGGCGGGUGGAUCAUUGGAAAUGUUCAUGACGGAAGACCAGAAAAAGUACUACAAUGCAAUGAAGAAGAUGGGUUCCAAGAAGCCAAUGAAAGCCAUACCAAGGCCAAGGUGGAGACCUCAGGGAAUAGUGUUUGAAAUAGUGACCAAUAAGAAAUUCGACAUGAUAAUUAUGUUGUUUAUCGGUUUAAACAUGUUGACGAUGACGAUGGACCACUAUCAGCAGAAGGAAACAUUCACAAAAGUACUGGACUACCUUAACAUGAUUUUCAUAGUAAUAUUUAGUACCGAGUGCCUAAUGAAAGUGUUUGCUUUACGUUACCAUUACUUUACCGAACCAUGGAACCUGUUUGACUUGGUGGUCGUAAUAUUGUCUAUAUUGGGAUUGGUGCUCAGUGAUAUUAUUGAAAAAUACUUUGUAUCGCCCACAUUGUUGAGGGUGGUGCGUGUAGCCAAGGUCGGCAGAGUACUACGUUUGGUCAAAGGAGCUAAAGGCAUCCGCACUUUGCUUUUCGCACUAGCUAUGUCACUGCCUGCGCUCUUCAACAUCUGUUUGUUAUUGUUCUUGGUCAUGUUCAUCUUUGCAAUUUUCGGGAUGUCUUUCUUCAUGCACGUCAAGGACAAGAGUGGACUUGACGAUGUGUACAACUUCAAAACCUUCGGACAGUCCAUGAUUCUACUCUUUCAGAUGUCAACUUCUGCUGGCUGGGAUGGAGUGUUGGAUGGUAUCAUCAAUGAAGAAGACUGCAAGCAGCCCGAUAAUGAGAUUGGGGAGACCGGAAACUGCGGUAACUCGACGAUAGGGAUAGCCUUUUUGCUGAGCUACCUGGUGAUAUCGUUCUUGAUCGUAAUAAACAUGUACAUCGCUGUCAUUUUGGAGAAUUAUUCGCAAGCGACGGAGGAUGUGCAAGAAGGCCUUACAGAUGACGACUACGAUAUGUACUACGAGAUUUGGCAACAGUUCGAUCCGGACGGGACGCAAUACAUCCGUUACGACCAGCUGUCCGACUUCCUGGACGUGUUAGAACCGCCUUUGCAGAUCCAUAAACCCAAUAAAUAUAAAAUAGUUUCAAUGGACAUUCCGAUCUGCAAAGGUGACCUUAUGUUUUGUGUAGAUAUUUUAGAUGCUCUAACCAAAGACUUCUUUGCCCGAAAGGGUAAUGCGAUCGAAGAAACUGCUGAACUAAGUGAAGUGCAAGCUAGACCGAACGAAGUUGGUUACGAACCAGUUAGUUCGACGUUGUGGAGACAAAGGGAGGAAUAUUGUGCUCGGUUAAUACAGAACGCGUGGCGUAAACACAAAAGACAGCGGUGCACUGGUGCUGGUCCAGACCAGUCGGACGAGGGCGAGGGCACAGGCGACGGCGAAGACGACGCCGACGAAGACGGCGGCGGCGGCGGCGGCGGUGGCGGAAGCGACGCCGACGGCGAGGGCGAGGCCCGCCAGACGGCCGUGUUGGUAGAAAGCGACGGGUUCGUUACAAAAAACGGCCACAAAGUAGUGUUACAUAGCCGUACUCCCAGCAUUAGCUCACGAUCUGCAGAUGUCUGAGACAGGCCCCGCCCCUCCCCAACUUCGCCAUAGCCAACUGAUCAGACUAGAACAUGUCUGUCGGCUAAACAACAACAAUUGGGCGAUGAAUUUCGCGAUGUGGAUAAUGAUGAUCCACAUCGCAUUUUAUCUCGGCCGAAUUCUUACAUUCCUAUUCAAUACUUUACUGUUUUGUUCCAUGUAAUGUAAUUUGUCAUUUUCUUUUUUAACUCAACUUUCAUACAUCGAAUUACAGUCUUUGGCUACUGUACACUUUUCAUGAAUACUUCCGAGAUAAAAAAAGAAAAAUAUAUAAACACUGCUAAGUUUGUGCUGUGUAGUUUGAUGGAGAAGGUAUCGUAAUUUAUAUCAACUGCUUUGCUGCUCAUAACGCUAUUGAAUAUUUAAUACCCAUCACAUAAUUUUAUAGACUAUCUACUUCUUCUACUAUAAUUAUUAUCAUAGUUGUAUGAUCAGUAAAUAUAAUUAAUACCACACCAGCCUAUCCCCAAAGCAAACCAACUAGAAUUAUGUCCCAGCAUAAUUGACAAUAUUUGUACUGGCAGUUUACCACUUCCCUACCCAUUCCGCUAACCGUAUAAUUAAUAACUUUCAAUCUCUCAAAUUUUUGACAGAUAAUUUACAAAGUUCCCUAUACUGCGUGGAUGGUUCCCAAAGACUAGCGUACAUUGCGCAGUAUCGCUGUAAGCCGCUAUUUCCUUUUGAAUAGAGGAUGCAACAGUAGGUCACCCAAUACAGCAAACUUUGUAAAUACACGCAAAAAACAUUCCUUUGCUACUAACUUAUAAAACAGUAUUACCGUCUAUUUUAUUUUAUGGUAGCUACCCUAGGAAGAUGAGAAAUGUUCCCAAGCCAAAACAAAAAUUGUAAGCUGGUUAUUUGGCGAUAGGUUUUUAUGUUAUUAAACAGUUGACGAAACGAAUAUUAAACUUAUAAACAUGUCCUGUUAACUUCUGAUGGUGAUACAUUUAAAUUAAAACAAAUCAUUUGUGACUGUUUUUAUAUGCCUAUAAUUAUAAAUCCAUCGAAAUUAAUAGGAUGAAAUAAACACUUUUGCAUUGUAAAGAAUUUGGUGAAUAAAACCUGACUAGAGCAGGAUUCGGGCUAAAGUACUCGCGCUUUGAAUUUAUCUUCUAUCUAAUAUAUCUAGGUAGCUAAUUAUAAUGUAACGAUUAAGACGAUUGGUAGGUAGGUACGUCAAUUCCCAAGGCAGUACCUUCGCCAUUUAUUAAUACAAUAUUUUUGAGACAAACGAAUUCAAAGCGACGGUACUUGGAUAAAUGAAAAUACAUGCUUUAGCUUUGAAGCGCGCAUUUCGCCGGCUUUAAUAAUAGCACAAGUAAGGAUUUAUCAUCCAUAUGGCCAUAUGGGUAAAAGCUGAAGGGUGUAUUUUGAUGGAUGCCCACCAAGGAACAAUAAUAGUAAUAAUUUAACUAAUAAUAAUUCAAGUGAACUAUAAAAAAUCACAAGUUGUUUAUAAUGGUGCUUUCUUCAAUUGCUAUAUAUUCAAGCUAUCUUCACAUGCUACAAGGAGCGCAUAUAUUGGGAAGGGGCGAACGGGAAUAAAAAAAAUGCUAAUGUUCACAAUUUUUUAUGCAUCAUACGAUAAUAUUAUUACCUUCGUAAAUUUUGAUAUGUGUGACAUUUUUCGAAACACGAUUUUGGAUUAGCAAUAUAGCACAAGCUGUAACUAUUUAAAAAAAACGUGCUUCUAAUAAACUAGGUUAGCUUGUAAAUUAAACACGAUCGCAAAAUAGCAUUUUUAAAUACUGAUGGCACUCAUAUUUAGAUACCACGUUAUAGUUUAAUUUUAUCAUUUUUGGUGGCCAUCGUUUUAAAAUGCAUCAAACGCAAAAAAUGUCACCCAUAUGCAACAAAUAAUCAUCAGUGAGCGAAACUCCUUUAUUUUUAUCAUGAAGCAGUUUCGAGCACUCAAAAGCUGUUAUAUCAUUUCGUUAUUAUUACUUAGUAUAUUAUUGUUAAAAUUUUAUAUAAAUAUUACGGUCGUCAUUAGUGUUCCACAGGCUAGGCACAUAUUUAUCAUUAAAAAAAGCUUUAAGCCGCAACGUUUACACGAUUUUUACACAUUGGACUCAUCAAGUGAGGCAACCCAAACGCCACUGUACAGGGGUUGCCUACGUUAUCCACAUCUCAAACUGUUCACUGUGCUUAAAUCGUCGAAAUACCUAUGUUUAAGUCAAUACCGCGCGCGACUGAGAAAUACGAAGAAACAGGCCCUUUGUAACUCACUAUUCCCAAGUGAGUUCCUUCGGGACUGUCUACAAGGCGUAACGUAAGUAGAACAGCCAAAAUUAACUGCUUAAUUUUGUCUGAGCCUUAUUUAUCAAUGUUAGACCUCAAGCAAUAGUUACCUAAUAUAUCGAUCGAAAUUCUUAUGUAUAUAAAUUAAAGGCAAUAAUAAAAAAUGUGUUGUUAUGUUUUAAAAGAAUUAAUGAAUCGUCAUAAACCAGUGGAACAUUAAUUUCGCACCAAAGACGCAAAGUGAUAAAUAAUAUAUGUAUUUAUAUAUCAGGCAAUCGCUAACUACUAUACAAAAUUAUUUCAAGCUCCACAGCUUCUUUAUAUUAAAUGUUCAGAAUUUACCAUUUUAUUAUUAAGAUAGAUUUUAAAAGAUAUUGAAAAUAUUCUUUAAUAAAAGAUGUUUGGUGGUUAUGCGUCUGUUUUUAUAAUGUGCUGCAAUUUACAUUUUGAAAAAAUACUUUUUUAAUUCACAAAAUAAAAAAAACGGAUUUUCAACAUCAUUCAGUAUGAUCAGAGCUGUUCCAUAUGAGAGUUGCCUUAAUAUGGUGCUAAAAAAUAUAAGAAAAUACUGCAUGCUGUCAAAUUACCGAAGGCCCUUAAUAGGUAUAAUAAACCAUAUAUGUAUAAAGUCUAAACAAAUUAAUAAAGCAAUACAAAGAAAGCCUUCGAAAAACAGUAGUUUUCCCAUACUUAAGUACGAAAAAAUCCGUUUCCACCUUGGCACAGCAUCUAUGAAACAUUUUCAAAAACGUUUCAUAUAUUGCACAAUAUGCUGUACUGUUUUAUAAAAACCAUCCAAGCCGAUCCAAAGUCAAGAACACAAAAUAAACAUCUUUAUAUCUUAACUAAAUAUAUACGGUCAAUAAUAAUAUUUUUGAAGGGGUGGUAAAAGGAGCUACAUAUGUAUAUACCUACCUCUCGUUACUUAAACACAAAGUGAUUAUUACCUUAAAUAAUGCAUUUUGCACAUAAAUAUGACUGUAUACAAGCUUUAUUUAUUUUGCAUCUAAUUUAAAUACCUAUAGAUGUGGAUACAUAUAACUUUCAUAUAUAAAU